UAACAAUUGAUUGCUACAGAAGUUGUCAGCGCGAAAGACAAUAUUAAUUUAAUAAUUUAUAUGUAAUUCGUGAGCAACGCUGGAAAGGGCGAAAAUUCGAUAGCAUUAAGAGCACACCGCAUUGGCACAUGAAUUGGGCAUUUAUUUGUUGAUAGUAUGUGAGGAUAAGGCAAACGAGACAAACAUCGAAGAAAAUAUAUAUAAAAACGCGCGCAUGCAGCAUUUUUGGUUAAAAUAAACAUGUAUAAAGUAAGCAGUUGAAUGGGAGGCACAAAACCCGAUGGCAAACUAGAGUAGAGACAUUUGCUAAUGCCCGCGAUGUACAGACUUGUGUGUGUUGUGACAAAUUCGCUGCGGAAAUAGUGUAUUUUUAAACAAGACUCUGCAGCCGAUACACUGAUACAUAGCUCACGCGCACAGGACACCACGGUCCUAACAUAAAACCCUCGCUUCACGCCACUUAUGUACAUAUAUCCGUUGUGUUACAUAGCGAGCGAGCCACAAAAGCGCAGAAAAGCAGCAAAAUCCGACUCGAUUCCUUGGCCAAACAGGAUACUCAAGGAUCUUUAAAUGAGAGAUAGUUCUGCGAACAAAAGUGCACAGUAAAGGCGCCAACAAAUUCGAAUACGAUGAGCGGCGUUACCCAGGAAUUUUGUGUACGCUGGAACAGCCAUUUGGGCAGCAUUGGGGCUGCGUUUCCGCAGCUCUUGGCGGGACAGAGAUUCGUGGACGUGACCCUGGCCUGCGAGGGCACCCAGGUGCACUGCCAUCGCCUGGUUCUGGCCGCAUGCUCCACCUACUUUGAGGCCAUACUGGCCGAGCAUCCUUGCAAGCAUCCCGUCAUCAUAUUGCCGCGGGAGAUCAAGCUAUGGGAGAUCCAGGCCCUGGUGGACUUCAUGUACAAGGGAGAGGUCAAUGUCACGCAAGCCGGCCUGGGUCAGUUGUUGCGCUGUGCCGAACAGCUGCAGAUACGCGGACUGUACGGCUCCGAGGCGACGAUAAACUACAAGCAGCUCCAGCAGGCGAGUCUCGAGGCGCUCAAGGAGCCGACUGUGUCCACACCGCGCGGCAUUAAGCAUGUGGACAGCACGGAGACGGAUGAUGCAGCCACCAACUCAACCACCUCAACAGUAACCACCUCCUCCGCUCCACCGUUACCAGUUAACCAGCAGCAGCAACAGCAGCAACAGCAGCAGCAGCAGCAACAGCAGCAACAGCAGCAGCAGCUCCAGCAGCAGCAGCUCCAGCAGCUCCAGCAGCAGCAGCACCAGCAGCAGCAACAACCGACAGUAUUGAAGCGCCAAAAUCAGGACGUCCGUCAGCAGCGACCUCACAUAAACGGCAGCAAUGCACUGCAGCAGCAGCCGGCAAAGGCCAGCUCUGCGGUCGUCCUGGGCAGCCACUCGAAUGCCCCGACCGAGGAUGACUCCGGCGAUGAGGUCUCCAACAAUUGGAGUGCCUACGGGGAGCACUUCGAGGACAACAAAAUGAACGCCCAGCUGGCCCUUCAGCAGUCGAGGAUUCAAAUGCAGCUGCAGCACCAGCACUAUUUGGACUCCAACAUCGAGGACGACCACAACUAUGUGGCCGCCCACGAUGAGAACAACGACAGCAGCUUUGCCGCUGGCAUGGCCUGCGGCUCUGGCCUGUCCGUCAGCCUGGACACUGAUCUCGACACCUCGGCCAACACUUCCGGCGGACUGAGCCAGAACUUGAUCGACGGCUACACAUCGUACAAGCGCGUCCGACGCUCGGAGGCAUCUCUAGCACAAGCGGCCAAAUGUGUUUCGAAGGGCGAGACAUUCCAGACGGUCAGCAACAUGUUCAAUAUUCCCGUCUCCACCAUUCGAUUCUAUAUGGCGCGAAAGGGAAUACUGCCGAAGCGGAAACGUGGACGCGGUGCUUCGCAUGCCGGCAACAUAAUAAUCACAACAAACUCAGGAAAACUUUCAGCCGUCCCUGCGAGCGUUACUCCUCAUCCUCAUGCACAUCCUCAUCCUCAGUCUCAGCAAAUGUCCUUGGACAGCCUGCAGCUAAAGGCGGGCAUCGCAAGCACCAGUGGCAGCAAUAGUCCGGCCACUGCCACGGCCACCUCGAUGUCACCAUCGUUUGACAUGACCUCGGCAGCGGAUAUCGUGCCUUUUCACCUCCACAGCGAUGCGGCGGCGGCGGCGGCGGCAUUCAAGCUCAACGAUCAGAAGCUGCACAUGAUCUAACCACGCUGUUUGCGAACCCGUAGUACUGUACCAGUGGGGCAAAGAUUAAUCGAGUGGGAUUUCCAAGCAGUUGCUGCUUUCUUCUUUUUUUUUUAAUUUCGGGGUAAGAAGCAUCGGCUCGUGUGGGAUCUUUAGUCAUAACAUAGUCAACAAAAUACAAUUUAUUCUUAGAUUUAUUUUAAUACGCUUUGAAGUUGACAGUUUCAUCCUUGGUUGAUUGUACUCACUCAGGGGCUGAACCCCUCAAUUCAUCAAGAUAUUUCAAAAGUUAUACAAAAUAUUAACAGUAGACGUAUUCUAUCAAGGACUAUGACUAAAACUUGCGUAAAAAUUUCAAAUCUGUUUAUUGUCGCCCCAGUACUCUAAGAAAUUACUGUAUUGUUAAUAAGAUAAUUAAUAAUAAAAUCAACCUGGAAACUUUUACUAGGUUUUUGUGUGAUUGCAAGUAUAAAAUGACAAUUCAUAAUAAAAUCAAAGGUCGUAUAAGACAUAAUCAUAAUGCUAACGACAAAAGAAAUAUUA